GAGAGGAGGGAGGGAGGGAGGGAGAGAGAGACCGUGUAAAAAGUGUAGUUGUGACUCUCAUCGCAAGUGUAUGUGACACGUAAAAAAAGAAAAAGAACAACAGCCAGAUAUUCAUCAGGAUGCCGAGGGGUUCAUUGUUAAUCCUUUUAGUAAUGAUGGCAGCGACAACGAGAUUAGUUAGUCCAGACAAUUGUGCCGACGAGUGUACCUGCAAAUGGAAAAAUGGUAAACGUACCGUAGAAUGUAUAGAUCGUGCUUUAACGAGUAUACCAGAACGGAUCGAUCCAGAAACACAAGUGUUGGACAUGAGCGGGAACCAUGUAAGAAGCUUGCCGAGUAACAUCUUCGUACGUGUACGCCUGACGAAUCUUCAGCGUCUCUAUCUACGCGAGUGUCGUAUCGACCGAAUCGACUCGGAGGCUUUGACCGGCCUGACGAACUUGGUCGAGCUCGAUCUAAGCAAUAAUUUGUUAUCAGGAGUGCCAAGUGCUAGUUUUUCGAACACUCCCUUUUUACGUGACCUAGUGUUAGCGUAUAAUCAUUUGGAAAGAAUUAAUUCCUAUGCCUUUAAGAAUACACCCAACUUGGUUAAGCUCGAUCUCUCUCAUACGAAGUUGAUCGAGAUCGAGGCCAAAGGGUUUCGCGGUUUGGAUUCUUUGGAAAGUUUGAAAUUGAAUGAAAACGAAUUGACUACGUUACAUCCCGGUACGUUUGAACCAUUGAACAAACUCACCAGUAUCGAACUACACGACAAUCCAUGGAUUUGCGAUUGUCGUUUAAGAGAGAUGAAGAUGUGGCUUGUAAAACAUAACUUGCCGACAUUGGUGGCGCCCAUUUGUCACGGACCUGAACAAUUAUUGGACAGAGUCUUUACCGAUCUCGUGAUCGACGAUUUUGCCUGUCGUCCUGUACUUUUGAUAGCGAGCCAUUACGCCGAGGCUACGAUCGGCGAGAAUGCUAGUAUAGUGUGUAGAGUCAGUGCCAUACCACCUGCCAAAGUUAAAUGGUAUUGGAACGGUCGGUUGUUAACCAAUCAUUCGGCAUUUAGUAGCUAUCAGAAGGUCUUGAUAUUCGAGGAGGGACAAUUUCGUAAGAGAAGUACAUUGGUAUUAACCAAUGCACAGGAAGCUGACUCAAGUGAGUUUUACUGCGUCGCCGAAAAUCGUGCUGGCAGCGUGGAAGCCAAUUUCACGCUUCACGUGUCAUUAAGAACGGCUGGGAUGUCGACAUUAGGAUCGGGACAGAUAGCAGGGAUAUCGGCAGCAUUGGUAGGCCUGAUACUUUUCAUCCUACUGAUCAUCCUAAUACUUUUCAUUCGUCUAAGAAGGAUGCCCCUUAAAGAUGUGAAAUCUCAAACACCGGUUGAAACGGUAUCAGGUGAAGGGAACGGCGAAACGACAAACCCAAUGGAAAAUCCAUCGACCACCUCGUCGUUGGCUCGAAGAAAACGCGAAGAGAUCGAAACAACGUCGUUCGGGAUCGAUGCGAAACCGCCGGUAUCCUUGAACCUAAGUUACGUCCAAAGACCGCAAACGGCCUUGGUCCAGAACGAAAGUGAUUACAGCAACGUUACGAGAUACGAUGAACGUGGUCAAGGUGGCAUCGGUAGUUGUGGUAGAUCGUCCUUGGUGGUACCACCGACCGGUGGAUGUUUUUCAUCGACUACAUCAUUGAUGCCCAUCGAUAAUCCUGAUUUGAUAAGAGACACUAGACGUGGCUCGGCCGAAGAUCUAACGCCUUACGUUACUACCGGUGGUGAUUAUGUUGCUGGCGUCGGCCGUAUGGAAUUAGUCGACGAUGGUAAAAUAUUAUAUUCCAGUUGUCUUUGGGACAAUAGUACCGCUACUACGAGAGACAGCACCGGCAACAACAGUUGUAGGGAUGGUUGUAGAGAUAAUUGCAGAGGUGCUUCGUUACAAGUCAGUUCAUAUACGUCGUCCAAGGAAACGCUAGCCGUUGUAGCACCAACGGUCGAACAAUUUCCACCAGGUGCGAAACAAAUGCGCGUAUGGCAAAAGGGUGUACCCGUAUUACCGCCUGUAUCGGCCCUCAAACGUGUAUUAGGAUCCACGCGUAGCUCACCCGAUGAGGGCUAUCAGGAAGGCACUGGAACUGAUGUCUAGGUACCGCUACUUCAUUACUGCGACCCACGGCAUCGUUACUUGGAACUACGUAGACGCCAUCAGGAGGAUGAUACCGACUGCUGAUUUGUCCUUUGUUUUUCUUUUUCCUUUAACUCUUUUUUUUCCUCUCUUCUUUAUCUGGGCUCGAUCCUUCUACAUUGGUGGCUGUCGUAUGCUGGACUCGCAGUAGUGAACGAAUAUAACAGAUAUAUGCACACAUAUGUACGUCAUACAUACAUACAUACAUACAUACAUACAUAUCACACACGCGCGCACACACAAAGAUUUCAUUCAACAAAUCUCACGAUGACAAGAACAAAUAUGAUACAUUGACUUAGGGAGAUCCCAAGUGAAACAUUAUUUAUGGUGUCGACGACUCUGAUAAAUAUUGCAGUGCUUGUGUAUGUGCAAAGAGAUUAAAAAAGAAAUAAUUCAUGGUAUAGAUCAUGAGUUAGAGAGAUAGAGAGGGAGGGAGGGAGGGAGGGAGGGGGAGAGAGAAAGAGAGAAAACGAAUCUCUAAGAAAGCUCAGUGUUACCAACAAUAUUCAAACUCUGACGUUAUGUCCUACCUCUUAUGAUCGUUCUAAUUCUUCUUUCUUCUUUGGAGUCCUAACACAAAGUAAAUAAUAUAAACGGGAGGAAGAAUGUUGUGUGGAAGAAGGAAGAAGGUAAAAAUAUAAAAAAGAAAAAAGAAAAUGGAGGAAGACUGCUGUGCAAGACGCGUGUCCGCCGAUGGAUUGCGUAGAAAAUUUUUCGUUCGAUUCGAAAAGGCAAAUUUGUAGAGACAUUUAAAAAGAAGAGGGAGAGAAGGAAAUAGGUAGCAAACGGUCGAAUAAUUUAGAGAGGGGAAGAGAGAGAGAGAGAGAGAGAGAGAGAGUUAGCGAGGAAAAGGCGAAUUUCCUGACGGCUCGACGUUGAGAUGGGGAUGUCGGAGCCAGAGGCCUGUAGCCACCCUCCAAAUUCAGAAUAUUCGUCGUCGUCGUCGUCGUCGUCGUCGUCGUGUAGAACCCUCUCCUGGCGAAUGUCGAGCGAGAGCGAGAGAGAGAAGGGCUAGAAGAUGGGUGUGCAAAAAAAAUGUGUAAUUAAAACCCGACGCUCCGAGGGAUUCUCCUCGGCGAGUGAGAAAAAGAAAGAAAAGAGAGGGAGAAAGGGGAAGGGAUAGAGUGUACAAGAGAGAUGGUAGGAAUAUGAAAAUAAGCGGGAAAGAAAGAGAUACGAAUAGUGUGUGGUUCUGUGUGUGAAAGCAGUACGAACGUAGUUGCGAAAGAGACUUGAGAGAGGGAGACGAAAAAUAUAUGUUAUAGAUAGCAAGAAAUCCAAAAUGAACAUUGCGAAGAGAAAAAAAGAAAAAAUAGGUUAUAACUGCGAUCCGUGUUAACCAAAAAUAAAAUCUACCGACGACUAAAGGAUACUCGUAAAAUAGAAAAAAGAAAAAAAGCGUGAAAAUAGAAUAAAGGAUGAGUUCGAGUCUUUGUUAAAAACUGCGAAAAGUAUCUAACGAAGGAUGUUUUUAAUAAAUCUAAGAAACUCGUCUAUCGCUCGAGAAUUCAAGUUGAAAGAUGGCCCGGAUUCGGACCGAUUUCGCGGAAUCCUGGAUUCGUCGAUCGGCAUGUACGCGACUCUGAUCCCGAAUCCAACAUCAUCGACGUAUUUGCCGUUCUAUUCGAUCCGGUGAUCGAGGAAUAUCACCUUGGAUUUGCGUUCGACGAGGUUCAUCUUGAUCUCGAUUGGGAUACGCCCGAUGAGACGACCUUGGUAACGUCUAUCCCACAGGAAGUUGGGCUCUAUAGACUAUAGUACGCUGUGUCAAAUCCAUUCAGGGAUAUCCUUUCAAUCCUACCACGAACGAAGCUCAUUAUCGCGAGAUCGAAGACAAGGGAAGAAGAAUAUUUGCGAACGACGAUAAAAGAUAUUAUUAUCAAGGAACAAUUCAUAUCGCGAGCGUUUGAUAUCACAGGAUGGCGAAAUGGAAACGUCUCCGAGACCGGGCUAUCUCGGUUUUUUUUAUCUGAGUCGCGUCUGGUUUUCCAUCGACGGAACUUCCGUUCCCAGGGAACUUUCCUUCCGGGGUAUUUGGCUCUCGAGACUACGACGGAUUCGAGAAAAUUCUUUCCUGGUAGGUAUUAUCCGAACUUUCUUCUCGUGCUUUUCUAUAUCGAAAUAUAUAGAAUAAUAUUCUCUCUAGAAAGUUUUUUCCAGUAACGAGAACCGAUUCGAUAUUAAAAAUAAUUAAAUGAAAUAGAAAAGCCGAUGAUUAGUUUCGCGUGAAGGCAUACAUAGAAAAUUGGAAUCGACAUCAAGCAGAAAAAUACCAUUUAGAUCCUCCUAAGGGUAGUUCGAAGAAGAGAAAGCCCUUAAGUUAAGUGGUUGAAUUUACGUGGCAUACCGAUCGAGUAUCGAAUCAAUUCGAGUACCACCUAAUCUAUUACAACGCAUGACCGCAGACAGACUUUCUUCGCGUCUAAUGCGAAUUUCAAUUACGUAAUUAUAGGAGGAGACACUUCUUCUUAUAGAAAUUGGAGUCGCGCUCAACGACAAAAGUUUCAAAGUUUUAUACGAAAAAUAAUCGUCCGUUCGGUACGAUUUACUUUAAAAGGGUAAAAAAGGAAAAGAAAAGAAAAGGCGUUCCUUUUACUUUACCUUAUAUCUUUUAUAAUGCAACGAGCUACGAUUACCGCUAGGUAAAGUUCUCUCGCAAGAAGCCCGCGGCGGCGCAACCCUCGUGCGUCUUAAUUCUCACUUUUUUCCUACGAACCGUGCAACGCGGUUACUCCCAACGCAGGAGGGAAAACAGCAGCCCUGGCAAUGCCUUGGAGAACGAGGAGGAUGAGGACGCGUUUCCGGUCUAGAUAACCUCAAAAGCUACGCUCCUUGUCAAAGUCUCAAAGAGUUUAAAGAACCUUACGAAAUAUUCCGCAGGGCCAACUCCUCUCCAACUCUCCUCUCCUUCCUCGCCUAACUCUUAACUUUAUUAGAGAGAGAGAGAGAGAGAGAGAGAGAGAGAGAGAGAGAGAGAGAGAGAGAGAUUCUGUGAGAAAUUCAAGGCACGUUCAAUUUCUACCGAUGAUAUACACAAUUACUUUCGUUUUGAUCACUUACGCACGUUGUUAACACGUUCGUCAAAGUUUCUUUUUCAUUUUGUACCCGUCGAUAAGUAAGUAUUUGCCUAUCCUACGUCGUUCCGAUCGAUAAUUAUUAUCCAUAUCGAUAAACGUUCGAUCUUGUAUCGAUAUAUCUUUAUCGAUAUAUGUAUUCGACAAUAUUUCGGCCAUUAUCGAUAUCGAUAAACACCUUUAUAUUUAUUCUCAAUAA